GAAGAAGAGACCACCAAUCCCUCCCCAACACGCAGACGGCAGCCCAAAGCGCAUAAAGAUAUCUCUCUCUCUCUCUCUCUCUUUCGGAGACCUUCGUUUUCGUUUUGUCGGAGGGCGGCGGAGCUCGCGGUGGUCGCGCAGCCAUGGCGGGGCGGCGGAGCUUCUAGAAGGCCGCGGCUGCAUGUCGGUGGCGGAGGAAUGAAGUGUAGGAAGCACCCCGUCGACCCGAGCAGCGCCGUCGGCGUCUGCGCCACCUGCCUCCGGGAGCGCCUCUUCGCCCUCAUCGCCGCCCAGGCCCAGGCCGAGGCCCUCGGCCACGCCCGCCCCUGCGCCGACGACGAUCGACGGAAGCCCGACGACCCCCCGCAGCAGCAGCAGCAGCAGCCGCCCCCCCGGCGGCCGCCGCAGCACCCGGCGUUCCCCCGCUCCGUGUCCCCCUACAUCAGCCGCCGGAAGUCCGACGCAGGCGGCGGCCGCCACCAGCGGUUCUACAGCACCCCGCAGGUGGGCCCGGCUUACAGGUACAGCGACGCCGCGGGAGGGUUCGUCCCGAGCGAGCCGCGGAAGAAGAAGAAGCGGGGGAGGUUCUCCCUGUUCGCCAGCCUGUUCGGCAAGUCCAGAUCGGAGAAGUUCGAUUGGGAAUCGGAUCCUCGAUUCUCCUCGAAUUCGGAUCCCGCCCUCUUUCGCCAUCGCGAUUCGUGCCGGGCGACGCCGUCGUGGUGGUCCUCGUCGUCGGCGUCGUCGUCGUCGUCGUGGUUCUCGUUCCUCCUCCACCGCCGCGGGAAGGGCCGGCCGCCGGUAGGAGGAUUCCCCGCCGAGGAGGAGGCCGUCUCCGCCUUCGACGCCCGGCGGCCCCGCCCGGUGUCGAACCGCGGAAUGUCGCCGGAGCGAGGGGAUGAGGAGUCCGACGACGAGGACCGCGAGAACCGGUCGCCGCCGGGGAGCGGGUACGCGUCGGAGUCCUCCCGCGGGCGGCGCAGGACCCCGCCCGCCGGGCCGGCGCUCCGGGGGCCGCGGCCGGGGCUGCAGUCGCGGAACGUCUCCGGGCUGAGCUUCUGCCUGAGCCCCCUGGUGAGGCCCAGCCCCGCGCGGCAAUGGAACAACCACCACCACCCCCACCUCCCGAAGUGCGGGCUCCAGCAUCCGGACGCGGGCUACUCCGGCGAGAUCAGGGCCCCGGGGCACCCGCACCCGCACCUGUCGACGGCGGCGUCGUACCUCGGCAACCGGUCCCGGAAGCUCGCCGACUUCGGGAGGGCCAACCCGAACCGCUAGGACACGCGCCGCCGCCGCCGCCGCCGCGGCUGCCGACGUUGACCCUCCCCCCUCCUCCCCCUCCGGCGACGACGGCG